GGAUGCCUUGGCUUUGUAAAUGUGUAGUUGCUCUUUGAAAGUCACCGUUUGUGAAUUCGGUUCAGGAACAUCUAUUUAUCGAUAAGAGAGUUUAAUUUGUUGAAGUCUUUAUUAUUAUUAUGGUGGUUACAUGGAAUUCAUGUGUGUGUUUUCGAAUCAAAUUGUUCUAGUUUGAAAGUUAUUUAAUAUUUCGAAACGUGGAAAUAAAGUGGAAAUUAACGUCCAUACAAAAUGUCAGUCAGUUAUACGAUGCCCCCUCUUCCCGCAAACUCUUCACAAGAUGGAAUUCGCGAGACAAUGUUAUAUAGUGGAUCAAAGUUUAUAGGGUUCCAAAAAUCUCAAGGCAAUUCAUAUGACGUCGAAGUGGUUCUGCAGCAUAUCGAUCUUCAAAACUCUUUUCUGUGUGGGUAUUUAAAAAUUAAUGGACUAACGUUUGAAUUCCCAACGCUUACAACGUUUUUUGAUGGGGAAAUCAUAUCCAAGAAAUAUCCAUUUUUAACAAGAAAGUGGGAAGCCGAUGAAGAUGUAGACAAAGGCCAUUGGAGCAAAUUUGGAGCUUUUGCUGAAUAUGAAGGAACGUUUAAUUCAGAUAAUUUUGACUUUCAAAAUUUAGCGAAUAGCGAUUAUGUUUUUAUGCGAUGGAAGGAACAUUUUCUUGUGCCUGAUCAUACUAUAAAGGACAUAAAUGGGGCAUCUUUUGCCGGAUUUUAUUAUAUAUGCUUUAUUAAAUCUACCGGAAAAGUGGAAGGGUAUUAUUAUCACCGUUCAUCUGAGUUAUAUCAAUCUAUUGAACUAGAGCACAUACCUGAAAAUUCUUCAGAAAUAUACGAAUUUAGAUAAGCAAAGUCAUGUGUUAAAACUACACAAGUAAUGCAAAUAUUAGGCGCAUGCCGUCAAGGCAAAGUAUCAUAAGUAGUUAUAUGCGAAAGAAUAGUCGGCAAUACAAACAGCCGCAACAUUGCCUUUGUCCGGAAAGAAAUUCACGGGGAUUUUUCACAAAAAUAUGUAUUGCGAAUUUCGCCCGAAAUACAUUUCACCUCGAAUGAGCUCGUAUUAUUGAGAUCUGAUAGCUACAUGAAGUUGAAAAGUAUUAAUUGUAGUAAAGGGUUUUCCAAUAAGAGGUGUUAUUUUGAUAUUCAAAGAAAAUUCCUAUUUUUUAAUAUAAAUGAUCGGAUGUUUAUUUCAUUAUAAAGAGGAAGGUAUGCUGUUAAUAGUGGAAAAUAACAUCCGGCAAAUGACACCACGACCACGCUUACAGGACAAUAUCACGACACGAAUUCCAUUUUUGAGGUCUUGAAUCGACCCUGGGAUGUUGGCAUAGACCUUCUCUUUCACGUGGCCUCAAAGAAAAAAGUCACAAUGUCCUAAAUCACAAGAUCUCGGUGGCCAAUUGUUAUCACCUCUUCGAGAGAUAACACGGUGCGGAAACUUUUCCCGUAAAAGAUCAAUGGUAGCUUGUUGAAAAUAAACGUUGUUCAGAUCCAUACCAUCCAAUUCCGACGAUAAAAAAUCGUUAAUCAUUUCUCCUGUUUAACACCUAACACCUGUUAUUGGAAAACCCUUUAGAUUAAUUAAAAAUUUUAAUGAAAUUUAAAAUGCAAAAAGCAAAUGUGGAACAUCAGUAACUAGGAGACAGCUGAAAGGAUUAGAAUCCUUUAGAACUACCUGAAACUAUAAGCUAGUAGAAUGUUUGUUUGUGCAUCUACAAUACUAAAAAAAUUGAAUAUUUCAAACAUAGGCAAUAUUACAGGCCAAACAAAGAAACUUGUAAAUAUUUGUUAGAUGUGUUAACCAAUUUCUUACCACACUCAAGAAAAAAUUUGCAAUUCCGCCAAUAGUUAAAAUAAACGCUCGCAAAAAUUGUUGAUAAA